UUAUAAAAGAUGCAAAGGGGGAAGGGGGUGGGAGUAGGAACAUCCCACCGUAAUCAGUUCUCUUCGGCCCUGUUGAAGUGAGCAUCAAUGGCCUGGAUGAUACUGUGGGGAGGGGCCUUCUUAGUCCUCUGUUUGGUUAUGAGAGCGGUUUUGGUGACCAUCUCCUGCUACUGGUACACUCCAAGACGCAUCAGAAAGGUGAUGGAGAAGCAAGGAAUUCGUGGGCCGAAACCCCGCUUUCUCAUCGGGAAUCUCAUGGAGAUGGCAUCUAUCCUGGCCAAAUCCACCUCCUCAGACAUGGAUUCUAUCCAUCAUGACAUCGUCUCCCGUGUAUUACCGCAUUACGUCCUCUGGUCUAAACAAUACGGGAAGCGUUUCAUAUACUGGAAUGGGAGUGAACCGAGGAUGUGCUUGACGGAGACCGAAAUGAUAAAAGAGCUCCUUUCCUCCAAAUACAGCCACCUUUCUGGAAAGUCUUGGCUCCAACGGCAGGGAUCCAAGCACUUCAUAGGCAGAGGCUUGCUCAUGGCCAACGGAGACGACUGGUUCCACCAGCGCCACAUCGUCGCCCCUGCAUUCAUGGCAGACAAGCUUAAGGGCCACGUUGGAUACAUGGUGGAAUGCACCUCCAAAAUGAUCCAAUCUCUAAAUGAGGCCAUUGAAUCGGGCCAAACUGAGGUCGAGAUCGGCAGCUACCUCACUAGGCUCACCGUAGACAUCAUUUCCCGGACGGAGUUUGACAGUAGCUAUGAGAAGGGAAAGCGAAUAUUCCAUCUCCUCACAUCCUUGCAGCACCUCUGCGCUCAAUCUACACGCCAUUUAUGCUUUCCUGGAAGCCGCUUCUUCCCUAGCAAGUUCAACAGAGAGAUCAAAGCGUUGAAGUCGGAAGUAGAGAGACUGCUGAUGGAAAUCAUCCAGAGCCGGAAAGACUGUGUCGAGGUUGGUCGGAGCACCUCUCACGGUAAAGACCUCCUUGGGAUACUACUGGAUGAGAUGCAGAAGAAGAGGGUUGGUUUUAGCUUCAACCUCCAACUACUCAUGGACGAAUGCAAGACCUUCUUCUUCACAGGCCACGAGACCACAGCUCUCCUCCUCACCUGGACUACCAUGCUCCUCGCCACCAAUACCUCAUGGCAAGACAAAGCCCGUGCUGAGGUGUUACAGGUCUGCGGCAAACAACCUCCCUCAGCUGAUCAUCUCAGCAAAUUCUCUCUGUUGAAUAUGAUACUAAACGAAUCCCUGAGGCUGUAUCCGCCUGCCGCUCUCCUCCCUCGGAUGGCAUUUGAAGAUAUCAGUUUGGGUGACCUCCACAUCCCCCAAGGGCUAUCCAUUUGGAUUCCAGUGCUUGCCAUUCACCACAAUGAGGAUUUGUGGGGGAAAGAUGCAAACGAAUUCAACCCAGAGAGAUUUGCCGGCAAGUCGUUUGCUCCAGGCCGCCAUUUCAUGCCUUUCUCAAUGGGACCGCGCAACUGCAUCGGCCAGGCCUACGCGAUGAUGGAAGCAAAGAUCAUCUUGAGCAUGCUUCUUUCCAGUUUCAGCUUCACCAUUUCGAGAAACUACCGGCACGCGCCCAUCAGCGUUCUCACCCUCAAGCCCAAACAUGGGAUACAGAUCCAUUUGAAACCUCUCAACCCAUGAUUGGUCCAGGAAUCCACCAAACCUUCUUUCCUAACUCAUACCCAAGUAUACAGCAAGAGUACCCAGUUACAGCGGCUUGAGUGAUGCUUCCUUUUCCUUUCGUUUUUUUUUUUUUUUUUUUUUUUUUUUACCUUGGGAAGAAUGAGAGUUGGAAUAAUAAUUGUGGGAGAUUAAAUUAACAGAGAAAAUAAGGAAAAUAAUAAAAUAAAUAGAAGAAGAAGAAGAAGAAGAAGAGGCACCAGGUAAAUUGGCUUUAUUCAAUGGAUACUAGAGGGUGUUUGAAGAUGACAAUUAUCAUCCUAAACAUUAUUUACUAUUUCCAAGAACAGUAUAGUAUACUUAAAAGUCGACCCUAUCUACUGUUAUUCCGCAUGUAUACGCUAAGCAGGGGUAUGGCGUGGGGAAAAGAUAAGCAUGUAAUUGCAAC